AUGGCUUCUGUCGAGACAAGCAAGAAUGGUGGCGUGACGCAGAAUAUAAUGUCAAAAGCUCCAUGGACUGAUGAACAGGGGAUCGCCAUGAAGGUUUACCAGGGCGCUGUGCUCGCCCUCGAAGUCCUCGUCGUCACCAUUAAAAUGUAUAUUACCUGGAUAAUGUCUAUAUUCCAGUUCUUCUUUCCACGAGAGCCGAAGAGUGUUAAAGGAGAGAUAAUACUUAUCACAGGUGCAGGUCACGGCAUGGGCCGCGAGAUGGCGCUUCGAUUUGGAAAGCUUGGUGGCGUGAUAGUGUGCGUUGACAUUAACCCUCAUGGAAAUAAGGAGACUGUCGACAUGAUUAAAAAGCAGGACGGCAAAUCACACGCAUAUGAAUGUGACGUCACGAACCGUGAAGCCAUCAACGCGCUCGCAGAGAAGAUUAAGCAAGAGGUCGGUGACGUCACAAUGCUGGUAAACAACGCCGGGAUCAUGCCUUGCAAGCCGCUUAUGCAGACCAAUGAAAAGGAGAUCAGAAAUGUAUUUGAAAUUAACGUACUUGCGCAACUUUGGCUCAUCCAAGCGUUUCUUCCAAAAAUGAUGGAACGCAACCACGGGCACAUUGUUGCGAUGGCUUCAAUGGCCGGCGUGAUCGGGCUUCGAAACCUGGUGCCAUACUGCGGCACCAAGUUCGCCGUUAGGGGGAUAAUGGAGGCCUUACAUGAAGAGCUCAGGGAGGACAAAAGGGACUUUAGUGGGAUCAAGCUCACGGUUAUCUGUCCAUAUAUAGUGGACACGGGACUCUGCAAGAACCCGAAGAUCAAGUUCCCGACGCUGAUGAAGAUCGUCUCCCCGCAAAUAGCCGCGGAUCAAAUCGUGCAUGCGGUCAGAAGGAAUUACUACGAGAUAACUAUCCCCAGCUCACUUUACUAUAUCAAUAAGAUUUGCAGAACCUUGCCACGCGCGGUUCCGCUGCAUCUGAAAGACUUCCUGGAUUCCGGACUUGAGGCACAGGAGUAA